AUGGUCACACUUGAAGAGUUCCUUGACCGGAAAAAUCCAGAUAUCGACAGCAGCAAUAUUUUAUCAGGUCCUAACACCGUCAGCAUCCACUACUCUAAUCUUGGCGGAGUAGAAGAAUGGGGAGAGUUUAAUUAUACCACACUCAGGAAUCUUUAUGGCGAGAUACUGGAUCGAACCCUCCUCAGCCCUCCGGACAAUCAAAUUCCAACUGAACUCGAAGCCGAGAUUUGGGACGAGCGUCAAUUUGAGUUACUCUUCUCGCAAUAUAUGCUGACUCCGGUGCGGUAUGCACUCCAGCAAGCUUACGAUUAUUGUGACAAGUCGUGGGAAUGCAAUCCUCCGGGAGAAUUCUUCGCUCCGAUCGACCCCGGGGCCGGGGGCCGUGCUAAACGCCCCAAAGACAGCGACGAUCCACGCUUUAGACCGGACUGGUCUUGCGUGAGAAUGGCCAGAUUACAUCAGCUCAUAUUCAUCUUUCAUCAUUUCACACGGAAUAAGACAGCUUACCACUUUCAGCGCGAACGGACCAUCUCCAUCUAUGUUGACCUUGAAGAUGUAACCUUCCAUUCCAUGGUCAUCGAUGAGUUCCUCCACGCGCACGUUCUGACAUGUGGGAUAUCGCCUGAGUGUUGGACGGUAAAGGCUCUCGAAGGUCUGGGGUGCUAG